AUGUUGCUCACAAAAGUUAGAGGACCAACUUCAUUUGAAGAGAUUAGGACAGUGAAUGGAGUUAUUCAACCUACUUUUAGAGAUGCAUGUUAUGCUCUUGGGUUGCUAGAUGAUGACAAUGAAUACAUUAAUGGAAUUAAAGAGGCGUCGUUUUGGGCUUCAGGUGCUUCUUUAAGGAAGAUGUUUGUAAGCAUGCUAUUAUGUCAAUCAUUGAGCCGACCUGCUUUUGUUUGGAAGGAGACUUCAAAAAUGUUGUCAGAAGAUUUAUUGUACAUUCCACGCCAAAAUCCGCUAUCAUUAGGUGUUUCCAUAUCAGAUGAGCAGAAAGAACAAGCAGCAUUAACAGAGAUUGAAGCACUAUUGCAAGAAAAUGGGAAGAGUUUGCAAGAUUUUCCUUCUCUUCCAUAUCCAAGCUCUUAUCCUCCACUUGAUGUUCGUAACCAUUUGAUAUUGCAGGAAUUAAAUUAUGAUCGUGGGUUUUGUGAAGAGGAGUCAAGAAAAUUAUUAAAUGCCCUAAAUGCAGAGCAGAGGAAUGUAUUUGACGUAGUGAUGUCUUCAUUGUCUUCUGUAUCUACGACUUUCUUCUUUGUGUAUGGGUAUGGAGGAACUGGAAAGACGUUUUUAUGGAAUGCGUUGACCUCAACACUUCGUGCUCAGGGUGAUAUUGUUCUUACAGUGGCGUCCAGUGGGAUAGCUGCAACAUUGUUACCUUCUGGCAGGACUGCUCAUUCAAGGUUUGCGAUCCCUAUUUUGGUGAAUGAAGAAUCUGUGUGCAAUAUAAAGCAAAAUUCGGCAUUAGGUAAUUUAAUUAAAUCCACCAGGUUGAUUAUAUGGGAUGAAGCUCCUAUGGUUCAACGAUUUUGCAUUGAAGCAUUUGAUCGUACAUUGAGAGAUAUUAUGCAUUGUAAUCAUCCUUUUGGUGGGAAGUGUGUUAUUAUGGGUGGUGACUUUCGCCAGAUUCUCCCUGUCAUUCCUAGAGGUACGAGGGCAGAUAUUGUGAAUGCAUGCAUUUGCUCUUCAUAUUUAUGGGAUCAUUGCACUAUAUUCCAAUUAACUGAAAAUAUGCGUUUGUUCUCCUCAUUAUCAUCUGAUGAAGAUCGAAGUAGUUUGCAAAAAUUUUCACAGUGGUUAUUAGAUGUUGGAGAUGGUAAGUUGGGUAUGUCUCAUGAUGGGAUAGCAGAAAUUAAGAUCCCUGAUGAGUUGUUGAUUGAUAGGUACAGUGAUCCGAUUGCUACAAUUGUGUCAUGGACUUAUCCUGGUUUGUUGGAUAAUUUGGGCAGCACUAAUUAUUUCAAUGACAGGGCUAUACUGGCGCCCACAAUUGAUAUUGUUAAUCAAAUGAAUGAUUAUAUGUCUUCACUAUUGCCUGGUGAUCCAGUUGACUACUUUAGCUGUGAUUCUGUUUGCAAGUCCUUCCAGGAUCGUGAUGGGUUUGAGGAUUUACAUACUCCUGACUUUUUGAAUAGUAUAAAUUGUUCCGGCUUACCAAUGCAUAGAUUAACGUUGAAGGUUGGUACUCCUAUUAUGCUUUUGAGACACAUUGACCAAGCUUCUGGAUUAUGUAAUGGAACGAGGUUACGAAUCACUCAUCUUGGCAAUGUUGUCAUUGAAGCUGUGACGUUGAAUGGUUCAAAGCCUAAUCAGAAAGUGGUAAUUCAUCGCAUGGAUAUGAAUCCUUCAGAUUGUCGGUUGCCAUUUAAGAUGAAGAGGAGGCAGUUCCCUAUUACAGUUUCAUUUGCCAUGACAAUCAACAAAAGUCAAGGACAAUCAUUGCGUUGUAUGGGUUUAUACUUGCCAAAGCUGGUAUUCACACAUGGUCAGCUGUAUGUUGCUCUUUCUAGGGUUAAAUCUAUUAAGGGCCUUAGGAUUCUUCUCCAUGGCAAUGAUUCUAAUAGGAAGAACACAACUACAAAUGUUGUCUAUCGAGAAGUUUUCCGAAAUCUUAGUAUGUGA